AGCUACCAUGGAUCCAGUUUGGGAGGUUCACUUUGCAGUUUGACAAGCCGCGGUUAUGAUGGUGUAGCACAUAGUCUCGCAGAAGCCAUGCAGGAUGACGAAUCUCUAGCACGAAGCGCUCAACAGCAACUCUUUUUGGGAAGUCAACAACAACAGCAACAGCAUUUCGCCACUAUCACACCUAUUCCUCUGACCUUCAAUCGCUCUAAUUCACCAGCCAUUGGCAGCACUGUGUCAUCCAAAGUCCUGAGUGGGAAACGCGACUCUCUCUUCCUUUGUGAAAGCGAUUUCCCGGAGAUGGAAAGUAGUGCUCCUGUUGCGAUUUCGGAGACGAUUGAAGCUCCAACACUCAUUUCAAAUCUACCUUUUCCCAUGGAUGAACUAGAAAUCCAUGAAAUCGCCACUACAGAAGUCGCAACCCCCAUCCUUGGCGCCGUAACAGUAGCAGAGCCAGCUAAUAUGAAUGUAGCGACGUCUCUUCCCUUUAGAAUGGAUUUCUUAGGUGGUUCCCUCUUCUCAGAAGAGAGUUUGAGUUCUUCUCCUUCGAAACCUGGCGCCUCUUCAUUAGGCGGUGGCAGCAGUCUGCAGAUGUCGACUUCUAAGAAAACUAAAAAAGCGCGAAAGAGAGCAAGCGCCAAACGGAGACAAUUGCAGGAACUGCAACAGAAGGAGCCGCCGGAAACAGAGGAGUCUCCUGGUGUCUCUUCCACAAAUGUGGAUAUGAGUACUUCAAUCGCGUCCACGACUACAAGAUGGCAUCGUCGAUCAAGCAGCAGCAAGAAGGCGGAAGAUGAGGAGAAGGAAGUGUCGGAAUCGCCUCUAAAGAAGUUGCAGGGGAAGCAACAGAAGUCAUCUAAAAGGAGCUCCCCUUCUGGACUCUCCCUGAGUCGAUCGAUUUCUGAUGAAGAUUACGAUGACAACAAUGGUGGUUGGGCCGCUGAGAUUGAACGCGAUUCGCCUUAUUAA